CUGGUGUUUGUGACCUGUUCAGUGCGUGACGGCGACGAGCACGUCAAAACACCGGUCAUUGUACGUACGCAAAGUUAUUUAACAAGCCGAGGAGAAAAAAACACAAGUUCGGUUCACACCCGAGAAGCUCCUGUCAGUGUUUGGUUGUCACUUUGGAAACUUUUUAAACGCGAAACGACGGUGUUUAUGCGACCAGAAGCUCUCGCGAAUGUCAUGUAUGGAUCAACCGUUAUGUGUCAAGCGCGCGACACAGUGUAAACGAAAGUGAUUCUGUAAAAUCCAGAAGGAUUUGUUGACUUUACCCAAAGAUUAUCAUCAUGUUCCCACUGGACUCCCCGUGGAAUAUUUCGUUCGCAGGCUGUGGUUUUCUGGGUAUUUAUCACAUCGGAGUGGCCAGCUGUCUACAGGAGCACGCGCCGUUUCUGGUCGAGAACGCGCGUCAUAUUUACGGCGCGUCCGCGGGCGCGCUCACGGCCUCCGCGCUGGUCACCGGAGCCUGUUUAGGAGAAGCCGGCGCCAACAUCAUAGAUGUGGCUAAAGAAGCCCGAAAGCGCUUCCUGGGCCCCAUGCACCCCUCUUUCAACCUGGUGAAGAUCAUGCGCACACACUUACACCGCGUGAUGCCCGUUGACGGCUACAUCAGAGCCACCGGCCGCCUGGGCAUCUCUCUGACCCGCGUGACGGAUGGAGAAAACGUGCUGGUGUCUCACUUCAACAGCAAUGAGGAGCUCGUACAGGCGUGUAUAUGCAGUGCUUAUAUUCCUGUUUACUGUGGCCUGAUCCCGCCCACCCUGCAAGGAGUGAGGUAUGUGGACGGCGGCAUCAGUGAUAAUCUGCCGCAGUACGAGCUGAAGAACACCAUCACCGUGUCUCCGUUCUCAGGAGAAAGUGACAUCUGUCCUCGAGACGUCAGCUCGACUAAUAUCCACGAGCUGCGCUUCACCAACACCUCCAUCCAGUUCACACUCGCCAACCUCUACAGAGUCUCCAGAGCACUGUUCCCACCUGAUCCACUGGUGAUGAAGAGCAUGUGUAAGCAGGGCUACAGAGACGCUUUGCUCUUCCUCAAGAAGAACGGUCUGUUACAGUAUCGAGGGCCGCAUCGAGCGCUGGCCGCCGCUGCUGAAGGAGCUGAUGAGGAGUCUGACGGUGAAGAUGAAGAGCGCAGAGAUGAAGGAGAACCAGAAGCUGAUGAUCAUCGCUCCAGCAUGGAGGAGCACGUCUUUGAGCAUCUGCCACCCAGAGUACAUAAAGCACUGGUGGAGGCCUGUCGGGAGAGGCGGAGUCUUCUUCAGUCGUUAAGCAACAUGCUGCCUGUCAGAAUGGCUUCUGCUAUCCUGUUGCCGUACACUCUUCCUCUGGAGUCGGCUCUGUCGGUCAGCAUCAGGCUGUUGGAGUGGCUGCCGGACGUUCAGGAGGACGUGGGCUGGAUGAAGGAGCAGACGCUGAAGCUGCUCAACAGUGUUUUCUCUCACGCCGGCCGCAGUGCGUCACAGCAGGUUUCUGCACGUGUGUCGUGUCAGCUGGAUGUGAGGCGCUGUGAGUCUGCGCCGCUGAGCUCCAGCGCGUCUCGUCUUCUGCCCGUCUGGCUGUCCAGCAGCAGCUCUUCAAUGCUGGACGUCAUGCUGAGACUCCAGCAGUACCCGCGCCAGCUCCUGCCAGCCAUGUUCUGCCUCAACCUGGACCUCCGCAGCUCGUUGACGUCCGGACACCAACAGGACAUGGAGGGCCUGAUCAUGAAGCCUCUCGAAGACCGCGACACCAGCCUGACUCCUUAAACACAGGCCGGCGCAUCCCAGAACGCAAUGCGAGGAGGCUGAGUCAAACUUUUAGGAGCCUUUUGAUUUAUUUGAAGCCCUGUCCACAGGAACAUGAGUACUUUCAAAACCGAAGUUUGUUUUUCUACACGGUUUGCCUGAUUGUCCACAUGAAAACACAGGAUAAGGUGACUGAAAGAAAAACUUUGGAAACUUUUCAAGAUUUUCCGAAACAUUAUGAUCGCUACAACCGAAGUUUUUCCCUCAUGAUGUCAGCAUACAUGCAGUUUACUCCUUUCUGAUUGGCCCACACAGCUGGGUUCACACCAAACGCGCUCGUACGGCACUUACCAAAAGAGACGGGAUAAAACUUAUUCUACAUAUUUCACAUGUCUGCACAGAGAGGUCACGUUUUGAUCUUCUAUUGGUCUCACACAAUCACAUGAUGCGAUUUCACAGAUCGGAGAUUACCAAGCUUGAAAUUUGGAUUGCAGCGACAUGUGAAUCUCGUCACACUAGCUUGCAUUUCUGGGUUGCUGCAUACAGAAGAGUAUGAAUGGAAGUCUAUCGGCUUAUUCACACCGAAAGCAUCUUUGCUAUAGAUAGAUAAAGAUAGACAGACAGACAGACAGACAUAUGGAUGGAUGGAUGGAUGGAUGGAUGGAUGGAUGGAUGGAUGG